UACCUCUUUUCGUUGUUAGCGGCAACGGUUAUGCCGUUUUUCGAUCGAUCUCUAGUAAAUUGUCGUUAAAAUAUGAGAUUUCAUACGAAGAAUUCGUAUCUAAAGCAUACAAUGCUAAAGCUGAAGUUCAAAUAGCUGAUUUACCUAAAAAAAUAUCCAUUUUUAUCUAUUUAAUUGAGUUUUUUCAUCCAUCAAAUAUAAUUUCUGCUCGAAGCCACGUGUUUCUCGUCUUGCCUGACAUUUUUUAUCAAUGAUAACGAGACAAAGGCAUGCUGAUACAUCAUGACAGAGUUUGUAGAAGGAUGGUAUCUCGGUCAUACCUUGGGAGAAGGUGCUUACGGCGAAGUCAAACUGGUAAUCAACAAAGCCACAGGCGAGGCAGUUGCUAUGAAGAUGAUUGACUUGAUAAAGCAUCCAGAUGCACGACAAAAUAUCAAGAAGGAAACAACAGUACAUCGAAUGCUCUCUAAUCCUCAUAUUAUUCGAUAUUUUGGUCAGAGAAGUGAACCAAAUAUGGAAUAUAUUUUCUUAGAGUAUGCCUCUGGUGGGGAACUAUUUGAUAGGAUUGAGCCAGAUGUCGGCAUGCCUGCAUGGGAAGCUCAAAAAUAUUUUAAGCAGCUAUUAUCUGCUGUUGAAUAUCUUCAUUGCCGAGGAGUAGCACACAGAGAUUUGAAACCUGAAAAUCUUCUUCUGGAUGAUAAAGACAACCUCAAGGUCUCAGACUUUGGAUUGGCUACAGUUUAUCGUUUGCAAGGAAAAGAAAGAUGUUUGGAAAAAAGAUGCGGUACCCUUCCUUAUGUAGCACCAGAGGUCUUGGUGAGGCCUUAUCAUGCAGAACCUGCUGACAUUUGGUCAUGUGGAAUAAUCCUCGUUGCUCUUCUGGCUGGAGAGCUGCCUUGGGACGAGGCAGAUCCCAUGUGUCCGGAGUACAAGGCAUGGAGGGAAGGAAAAUACGAAUAUUUAACUCCUUGGAAGAAGAUAGACUGCAUAGCUUUGGGGUUAAUUCGCAAGAUUCUCACCCAUUCGCCAACUUCUAGAUACACUAUUCCAGAUAUUAAAUCUCAUCGUUGGUACCUGAAAAAUUUACGACAAGAUGCUGAAGAGAGUGAGGAUCAUGUUGAUGGAAGAAAAAUCAAAAUGAAAAGAUAUAGUGAUGAGCCUCUAAUGAGAUUAGGACUCUCACAGCCAGAAUUCCCAGGAAUUGAAAAUUCUUUACACAUAAAUCUUGAAGAACGUCAAGGAUUCUCAUUCUCACAACCUGCUGCGUUGGAAGAUUUACUGUUGUUGACUCAACCCGUUCAAAAUACCCAAUCCACUCAGAAUACUUUCCAGAAAUUAGUCCGGCGUAUGACUAGAUUCUUCGUUAAAACCAAUUGUGAAGAUACCGUUAAUAGAUUAGUUGACGUUCUGAAGAAACAAAAAUAUAAUUACCGUGUUAAUGUUGGAAUUGUGACAAUAUCUACUGUGGAUCGUCGAAAGAUGCCAUUAGUAUUCAAGGCGAUGAUCGUCGAUAUGGACAAUAAAAUCUUAGUAGACUUUAGACUGUCUAAAGGAGAUGGUUUAGAGUUCAAACGACGUUUUGUGAAUAUAAAAGAAGCCUUGGAAGAUGUGAUUGUAAAAGGACCUGUUACUUGGCCUAUCGCCGUAGCUACGCAAACGAUGCCAUAAUUUAUUAAAGUUAUAUUUUAAAUAAUAAUAUGCAUAUUUUUAUUAUUGGAAAAAAAUUUUUGAUUAUGAUAAUAACUUAUAGACUUAUUUUUUUAUAACAAUAAACGUAAUUUAACUAUGCUUCUGUUAUAA